ACUUCCUUUGCCUGGAGCCCUUUUAAUAAACUGCAGCUGCAUAGUCAUUCUACUGUCAGUCUUGAGUCCUCUGUCUGUCUUGUGCGAAUCUUUUUUUCUGAUGCAGUGAACAUGUCUUCCCAGAAGACACCUUAUCAAGGAUCCAAGAGAGUGUUUGGUGAUUUUCGCUGCUCAAAGUGCAAUCGUACAUGGAGCAGUGGUAAUUCAUGGGCAAACAUGGGACAAAAGUGUAAAGAAUGUGACAUCAUGAUUUACCCCUACCAACAGCGUCCUCUUCUUAAAAGAGAUAAAGAUGAAGAAGACUAUUUGUAUGAUUCUGGUGCUCCCCACCUCUCCCAUCUUUGUGAGAAAUGCAAGAAGCUUGGAUACAACUGUCGAGGUCGAGGAUCCAAAGCUUUUUAUUAAAAUUGUAUGGGACAAAGCUUUGUUUAAUUGUAUAUGAGUAGCAAGAGACCAAGAGUAACAGCAGUAUUGUCAUUUUUCUAUUGUGUAUUGUGUAUUGUAACAUAAUGGUAUGUUUUUGCAAUGUCAUUGUUAAGUUAUGAAAUUUAUAAAUAUUCACUACUGGGACUAUCCCUCAGUUUAUCCCCCUAA